AUGCGUGGAGUCCUCUUAUCAGAGCCGCCUCAUCUCAGUGAGGACAGUUUUGUCAAUACUCUGUCCUCUGAUGACACGUUGGUUCACUUUUUCAACAAGUUCUUAAGUCUGCCGUCUUUCCCAGAGGCUUUGUUGUAUAAUCGGGAUACAGGACUAUUUGAGGUGAUGAGUGAAGAAGCAGAGGUGAUCUCCAAAAGAAUCCGAUCAGUUCUCCAUCACAGUAAAUCACAGCUCGCCGCUGACGACCCCACAGCACUAGCCAGAAGUCCUCUGAUGGACAACACUUACACAGUCUGUUGUCUGGACAGAAACGAAGGAAUUCAGUGGAUUAUGAAGGAAAGAUUACCUUAUUUCCUUCAGAGUGAUUACUACUACAAGUACAGAUUAGCCAUGUUGUUCUCUCAGUGGGACACAAACCUUUGUGUCUGCAACCAAAAGAGACACUCAUGCAAAACCAGCCUUUCAGCAACACAUUUGCAUCUUGACAAAGAAAAUAAUAACAUUUCAGCAAAACAAGGGUGUAUGAGGACGCACACUAGGAAAGGGACUUUGUCGUCUUCAUUUCUCCUCAAACAUGAGCAGCUACAGAGUCCACAAGUGGAGUUCAGCAUCACAAAGCCACCAGCUGCCAAAGGAGAACAAGAACUUAUUAUAUCCAGCAAACAAAGUUCAGAAUCUGCCAAACUGGACCAGCUGGCUGCCGGCAUAGUUAAACAGGUGAUCAGGGCGGCAACGAAAGUGAUCAUUGGCCUUCAGCAAACCACAGCCUCUGACUGUCUUAGUGAGUCACAAGGCCUGACAGCUCGUGCAAACACAGCUGGGUCCUCGAAAUGUAACGCUAACCGCUGUUCAGCCGGUGAAAAUGCACUUCAAGAUUGUAAGGAUGUGAGUGGAGGGGAAGAAAAGACAGAAAUGGGUGAGGGGAAAAGAGGGACCGAGCAGGAUAUUUGCUGCUGUGGUGUUUGUUGUCUUGGCAGUGGACCAGGUUUGGAUGAGUUCAAAGAGUUUCUUCACGGAAGGCCCGGAGAGAAGCUUUUAAAUUUGUGGAUGGAUAUUGAGAGACUGAAAGAUAUAAAGCACAGAGAGUGGAAGAAAAGAUUUUUGGCCCUGAUGAGGACCCGCUACCUGCUGAGAAGCUGCAGCAGCCUGAAUGUGGAGCUGCUGUCCAGACUUGGCCUCACUACCUCCCCCUGCUGGACAGAGGAGAGACUGUGUUCAGUUCAACCCUGUGUCAUUGAGUCUCUGCUGUUCUAUUGGGCUCCCAGGUUCUUGACAUCUCUAUAUAGGCAUGAAUUUCACGACAACACCUUUGACAUGGGGCUGUGGACACAGUGGGCUAUGAUGCCUUCAACAGAGUUAUCUUACCGUGAUCACAUGACCCCACCUCCUUGCCGCCCUUCCACCUGCCUGCUCUGGUCCCCACAUACAGCCCAAAUACAGUUAUCUUGCAGCAGAACAAUGGACCAGAUGUUGCAGGCUCUGUGUGUGGACUCCUGUGCCGGACUGUACUUCGCUCAGUUUUGUGAACAAUCUGUAAACCAGCUUUGGGAGAAUGCAGUUCAUUUGUGGAUGGACCUGCAGUACUACUAUGAGCUGUUUCAUCAGGGUGGACUGGAUCCAUACAGAGUCCAGAGAGAGGCACAGCUCCUUUACUCCACCUAUCUGCACAGCUCUGCCAGGAGGAACGUCGGGAUAAACGAGGAGGUCAGACGGGAGGUGUACAGCCGACUGACGCCUGCGGUUGAGGAGCUGUUUGACAAAGUUGUACAACACAUUCUGAAUGUUCUGCUGGAGCCAUGGACUCUGCUGGUCAACAGAGACAGAGAGUCCUUCCAGCAGGUGGGUGUGCAGGAGGACGUGCGUAAGGUGGACAGUGAGGAGUUCAGGCAACUUCAGAACCUCUAUGAGGAGACAAAGAAAAAACUGAAACAGUCAGACUUUCUCAUUAUUUUUUAUGCUUGUUUUGUUACUCGUCCCUUUAAUUCCACUUACUCGGUUUUUCUUGGACAGGUGGAGGAGUGUACGUCUUCCAUUCCGGCGUUCACUCCAUCCUCAGCGGGCUCCAGAAGGUCUGAUUCCUGGGCCAGCGUCUCACCACAUUACCAAGGUUACCGUUUAGGCUCCUUACUUCGUGACCACCAGGAGAUCCGUCACUUCAUGUCCUUCCUCCAGAAUCAGGAUUCCAGCAUCCACCUGAGCUGCUGGCUGGACCUGGAGCAGUACAGGAGGACUCCUAAGAGGAAUAAGACCACAAGACACCAGAGGUGGGCUGCCAUCGGCGACAAAUACCUCAACAGGAAAUACUUCUUUGGCACCAAAAGCCCGGCCUCAACCCAACAGUGGAAUCAUGUUUUGCAUCUCGCAGGUGGACCGGAGCGCCUCAAAACGGACUGUGUGUCUGACCCACUAGUGGUGGAGAUACAGAAUGUCAUUAGGAGCCACAUUGAGAAUACAUGGUUGCCGCGGUUUUUGUCCACACCGGCCUUCACAGAGAGACAGAAGCAUAAGCCAAAGGGCGCAGAAGGGGCCAACGUCUACCAUCGCCAUAGAAGGAGGGGAGAAGCUGAGAAGGUCGUGGGUUUGUGGAUGAGUUCCUCUAAAGAGAUCUUAAUGUUCCGGCAGGUUCUCCUGAACCCUGUCACGUCUCUGCAGUUUCAGUACUUUGCCUCCCUGAAGAGUGACUUCCUGGAGAAUGAUGUGCUUUUCUGGCUGGAGGUCCAGAAGUACAAGGACCUAUGUCAUUCGCACAGCUCUGAGGUCAGCAUCCAGCAGAAGAUCUCCACUAUCAUCAGCUGCUUCAUCGACUCGUCCGUGCCCCCUGCCUUGCAGAUAGACAUCACCGCCGAACAGGCCCGCCACAUUCUGGAGAACCGCCGCAUGUUGGGCCCGUACAUCUUCAGGGAGGCGCAGGUGACAGUGUUUAAUGAACUGCUGAAGCUCUGGUCAGAGUUUCAGGCCCUGAGGAGCAGUGUCCAAGAGGAGCAGCUCCUUCCUCUCCUAGAGGAGAAACGAGGCCAACACAGAGCCAGAUUAAGGAGGCGUCGGAGAAAGGAGGAAGAGGAGGAGGAAGAGAGGAGGGCAGUCCAGGAAGAGUUGGAGAGGAAAGAGGCCAGUUGGGAAGAAGAGAUGGAGGAUGAAGGUGAUGAGGAAGGAAUAGAAAAGGAGCUGAUUAGAACUCCGAGUGGAAUGCUAUUUUCUUUCACGCAGCCACUGUCAUGGUCUUACUCAAAAUACAUGGCUGGUCUUAAAAGAGAGGAGGCGCUGUUGAGAAGACAGAGCCCCACUGCCUCUCUCUCCACGGUCUCAGGAGAAUCUGCAAUCUUAAAUUGAAACCAAAGUUUUGUAACUUGGAGCAGA